AUGUAUAAUAAGUUUUAACCAAUCAUUAUGGAUGACACUACCUUAGGAUCAAUUGAUUCAAAAAGUGUCAUGUUUCUUACGGCCAGUCCCUCGUAAUUCAAAACCAAAUCAUAAGUGAUACUUUCAAGAAAACUAUCAAAAUUGGAACCAUUGAUUAUAGAAAAGGACAAAAGAAAUGAUUCAAGAAGUUAAGAAAAGCGACUAUCACAUGAUCUUGGUGCUAGUUAAGUUUUAGAUUGGAAAUCAUUCAUGUAGAAGGAUGCAGAAUACAUCAAAGAAUUCAAUGAAACUACAGAGAAAUUCAGAAGAAGUUCAAUUUAAUCUUAAAAUUCACAAAUUUUCAUAUCUCCCUUGGCCACUGACAAAUUCAAUUCCUCGCAAUUUGAUGGAAGGAGAUCCUCAAUUAAUUUAAAGUCUCCGGAUAAUGACGACUUUCUCGAAAAAAUGAAAUUAGGAAAGUAAGAGAAAUAUGUAUAUUCUAGUAAACAGUUGCCAAAUUUAACAACCUCUGAAUUUAUGAAGUGCGUUAGAUAAAAAGAAAAAUUAACCGAAUAUGCUAAAGUUUAUUAACAAUCUCCACAGAACAUAUAUCUCAAGUUAAACAACUGUAUUAUGCUCUUCAUUUAUUGAUUAGCUUAGAUUUUUGUACCUAAAACCUUUGGAUUAGUGACUAGUUCUGGAAAUCAAUUGACCCAAGUAAAUGCAUCUAGGUAUCUGAGGAGCAUUGACGAUUGCAAAGUAUAUGCAGAAGCUAUGACAACUACACAAUCCCAAGGCAUCUAGAAGAUGUAAUUGAAUAGCAACAUAUAUGAUCCACGUUAGUUCAAGGAACUAUUGUCUAGCUUUCCUAAUACAAUAAGAGAACUUGAAUUAAAAGAUUGCAAAUUAAAUUUCAAACAUGUAGACACUCUGAUGAGUUAUAUUAACAAGAAUCUGAUCUUGAAAUUGAACUUGGAAUAGAAUUUACUCAGAGAUUAAGGUUGCAAUAUGAUUAUGAAACAUCUAAUGAACAAUAACACAUUGUAGUGUUUAAAUCUCUGCAAUAAUAGAAUUACAGAAACUUCGAGUGUAGCCUUGAGUAAUUUCUUAAAAUAAUCCCAAAGACUCUUAGAACUAUAUCUAGGAUUCAAUAAUCUCUAAAUUAAUGGUAGCAUCCAAAUUUGGAAAGCCAUGUAUAAGAACACCAGCAUUAAGAUUUUAGACAUGUCUCAUAAUGCCAUUGCUUCUUUGGAAUGCGCUUAGGCUAUAGCCAAGGCAUUGUCUCGACCUUACAAUGAGUUAGUUCAUAUAGACAUAAGAUACAAUAAGUUUAAUCAGCAGCAGAGUCAAAUCAUUGCUGAAGGUCUGAUUAAAAAUGAAACUAUCUACGGAUUCCAUUUCGAAGGCAAUUAUUAGGACAUAAUAGUUAAUCCAAAUGGAUUUCUAAUUAAUAGAAAGGAGGAACUCAAAUUAAAACAAUAGAAAAUAGACUUAUUAAAUAAGCAACCCUAAUAUUUUAAAUUGUUGGAUGAAGAAAAAUUAGAAAAUCCAAAUAAUUUGAAAACAGAUGAAGAUUUGUGUCUUGCCUAUCAUAGAAGUCGAAGAAUGAAAUCAACUGAACUAAACAAAUAAAAAGUAAACAUGAUAAAUAAAUUGGAUGUUUGUUGGAUAUGUGAAGGAUGGUAAGAAAUCAAAUUCCAAUGGAAUCAAAAAUCAGGGACCUUACGAUCUGAACCAAUCUUCAUUCACUUCGAUUUUGAUGACUAUAAACCCUAUUUAAUGACCUUCUUAAAUGGGGCAUUCUUCUUUGUAAAAAUGUGUCCUCCCAAUAGAUCAAUCAAAUAUUUCUUUACAAAUCCAAUACUUGGAAUCUAAUGCAUAGCAGAAGAUCAGAAUGUGUUAUAUUUGCAUCAGCCACUCCCUUCUAUCCCAUUUCUAUACAACAAUGAAAUUUUAGUUGAUGGAAACACUAUGCAAAUGAUUAAUGAAUUGAUAUCGCCUGCCAACUAAGUCUUAUUUGAUAGAUAUGUUCCCUUAGUGUAAGCCAAACCAAGAGAAACGAUGGCCUUAUUUGACUUUUCUCCCUAUUUGAAUAUUGCAUCCACGAAAUGGUCAGUUGAAACAUCGAUAUUCAGAUACUUCCCACCAGAUACUGAUAAAUUAAUAGAGGAAUGCUUUGAAUUCGAUUAUCAAAAUUCAAAAAUAAAUAGGCUAGUAAAGGAAACUGAAUUACAGGAAGUCAAAGAAAUAUUAAAAUAAUUCUAUGUGCAAAUCUUCAAUUGUUACAAGUACUUUGCAUCAGGAAAUCCAACGGCUCCUGUAUUUUUUAUUAUUUAAUAUUGUAGAUCCCAUGUUUGGGACCAACCGAUUAUGUGGAAUUUCUAAUUUCCAAUGAUGUUAUUGAAGGAGUCAAACCAAAUGAUAUCGAUAUUGGAUUUACUUCAACAGCAGGUGCUAAGGAUGUCUCCUUCCCUUAGGCGUAUGAAAAAGGAAUAGUGAGAUGUCAAUUUAUGGAAGUUCUGGUUCGAUUUUGUAAUGACAAAUAUAUCAGAAGUGGAUUGUGUCAAACGAUGAUUGAAGGAUUAACACAAUUACAAUAAUAAUGCAGAGAGUUUUUGUCAAAGUUUGAUUCUGCUUAGGCUUGGAGGAAGAUGAGGUUGUGGAAUGAAAAAUGCGAUAUUCUUAUCCAUGAAAGAAUGCCCAUGAUCAAGAUUCUCUACAAAUAUACUUGUAAAUUGAGCAAGAAACCCUAGCAAUUUAAAUACGAUUACGUUUCGCCAUAAGACUUUAAGGAUCUAUUGAAAUAAUCAAAUAUCAUUUGUGAUGAAUUAACAGAAAGAGAAUGCUACCUUGCUUACUUAUAAAGCAUGAUAACUUAGAAAGAUGAGCUAUUUCAACCGAAACAUUAUCAAAUGAAUCUUUAUGAAUUCAUAGAAGCCAUUGCAAGAAUUGCUGAAAAAGUAUCGGUCAUAAGAGGUGACAAAGUAAUUGAAAUUGAAAACAGAAGAGCUCAGGAUUUGCAAGAUAAAAUAUCGGGAUUACUUCUUUUAAUGUAUCUUACUUUGAUAGAUGAGAUUAAAAAGGCUCUGCCAAAUGAACCUGAUGUAAAACAUCUUGAAAAGUGUAUGAAUAAUGAUUUCAGAUCCAAAAAACAAAAGCUUGAGGACUCCUUCACUGAUGGAGAUGAACCUCCAUAUGAUGUUAAGGUUGAAUUACCCAUUUUAAUUGCGCAAGUUCCAAAUCUAUAAGGCAAUGCAAAUGGACCUGCCAAAAGAAUGACUAUUCGUAACAUCAAAUUGCUAAAGCCCUCUACUACUAAGUACUCUCUCACAAACUUUGUUCAAUUCUUUAUUAGCUUAAAUGAAAGAACCUGA